AUGUCCAGCUCGAUCGAACAGAAACUGAACGAACUGCAGAAAUACUCUGCAUGCGAUGUAUCGGAUGCUCUCCUCAAACUACAGAAACUCCCGGCAGGAACAGCCGCCCGAGCAGGGCACCUGGCCGACUUCACCCCCUUCUCCCCCACCAUAGGCCGCAACGCAACACAACCCAAAAUCAUCGCCCCAGCAUCAACCUUCAAGUUCAUCUCCAAGGACGAAGAAUGCAAUGCAAAGCCAGAGGACUCGCACGGCUUCCCAGCAGGCACGCACUGGGUCGACUUCGCCAAGCCAGGCACCAUCGCCGUGCUCGAGCAGCCCGCGCACCAGCACUGCGCCGUCCUCGGCGGGAUCAUGGCCGUGCGGAUGAAGGUUCUGGGUGUGCGCGGGGUCCUGGUGAACGGGCGCGUACGGGAUCUAGCAGAGAUCAAUGAGUGCAAGCUGCCGGUUUGGGCGAAGGGGACGUCGACGGUUGGGUCGGGAGCGGAGGCGAAGCCGGGGGCGAGGGAUGUGCCGGUUGAUGUGGGGGGCGUGACUGUUUCCCCGGGCGAUAUUAUUUUUUGUGACCCUCUGGAAGGCGUGGUUGCUAUCCCUCACGAACUCCUGGAUCAGGUGCUGGAACUCAUGCCGAAAUUAGGGGCCAUGGAUGACAAGGUCAAAGACGCCGUGUCUCAGGGGAUGAAUGCCUUUGAUGCGUUCAAGCAGUUCCGUACCAAGAUUUGA